AUGGCAGAAUCGCAAUAUUCGUAUGGAACAUCCAUUCUAACUUCCAAAACUCCGCAAGAGGCAGCGGCAAUUCUUCCUUCAAGUAUCAAUGCUACUCAGGGCUUGCUUGAGAAUAAUCUAUUGGGAUGGUUCAAUGAAUAUACUCAAGUGUUGCAACGUAACAACCAGGCGCUCAAUCAGUUAUUGCAGAAUGGAUCGAAAAUAUUUGGACAACAACAGAACAAGGAAUAUGAAGGAUUUCAUAAGAUUUGGAAUUGUUUAUUGAGUUCAUUACAGGUGGAGAUCCAUUCUAACGAAGCAUUAUUCAAAAGCUUGAAGUUGGAAGCAAUUGGACCAUUAAAGGACGUAUUUCAGAAGGAUGUUCGUUAUUCCGAGUUAUUAGUGAAUUCGCAGGAGUUGCAAGAGAUUAGCAGUGAUUUAUCAAGUAGCGGUAGCAAUGCCGAGAUGCAAUGGAAUAUGAAGGCGCCACAAAUUUUCGAUAAUUUUGAAAAUUUCAAAAAGUUUGAAGCCCAACUAUUAUUUGAUGUCAGUUACAGUUUGUUGAACGGAUUGAAUACUAAAUACACCAAGAACUUAUCGAAUAACGAAAAUUCGGUUAAUUAUGUCUUGAACGGAUAUAAGAUUGAUACAGAAAUGACUAGUUAUUUGCAGUACUUGUUGCAAAAGAAGGAUUUUUCCCCGGCCUCUCUGGCUCCACUUGGGGGUGUACCCGGUUCGAGGACUAAUCCAAGACAAUCGAGACAAGUAAGCCAUAGUGAUUUGAACUCCAUGAACUCGUCCGCAACAUCAGGUUCAGCGAAUACAAACCUGAAAAAGCCAUCGAAAUUGAAAUCCAAAAUGGGAUCCAUUUUUGGUCGUAAAAAUAAGCUGAAAAGGACAAGUGGUUUAGGGGGGGGUACAAUUCCAGAAACUGAAUCAAUUACGUCAUCUGUCAACAACAAUGCAAGAUUGAAUAAGUCAACUGAUUCAAUUGAUAAUUUAGCACAAAAUAACGUUAACAGAACUUCUUCUGUAAGAGAUUCAAGAAGACUUUCCGAAUUAGAUCCAAAUACUGCUCAACCUCAUAGCUCACAGCAAUAUCAAGAAAAACCAAUACAACAACAACAACAGCAACAACAACAACCAAUUCAGAAGGUUAUUGAUCCAAGGUCACAACUGCAGGUUCCACAACAACAAGUCCAACAACAACAGGUUCAAAAACAACAAGUCCAACAACCACAAAUGGCCUCUUUGAAUACUGCGCCAUUAACUCCAAAGCCUAUUUCUGAAAAUCAUCAAGUCGCUGAUUCUCCAAAUGUAGUUAAAUAUGAGUCUGAAACAUCUGACGAUGACUUUGAGGACCCAAACAAUAAAGGAAAUAGAUUAUCAAUGUUGCAAAGACAUUCCUUAGGUGGACCUGAAAAUGGUUCUCCAAGUGUGGACAGAUUUCCUAAUGAAACAGAAACUCAAUAUCAGCAACAAGCUCAGGAUCCAUCUGGCUUAUUAUCUGUCGGACAACAUGACAAUGGAAGACACGCAGGCAGGUUAAGUCAAAGUAGUGCCGGUAAAUAUAGUUUUGAAGCUGGUGAUGAAGAAAACUCUAUGAAUGCUACACCAAAGCAACAAGAAAACAUUUUUGAGGAAAAGGUAGGUGAACUUAAUAUCGAUGAUAAUUCUGGGUCCAAUGGUAAUAAUCAUUUCUUGAGAGAUGCCGCCGUUGCAUCAGGUGCAGGUAUUGCUGGUGCUGCAACUAUGGGUAGUAUGUAUCACCAUCAACAACAAGAACAACCACAACAAGAGCAAGCGUUACAACAGAAUCAACAACAACAAACACCACAACAAUCACCACAACAAUUUCAACAAUAUGAACCACAAGAACAGGAUCAAUAUGAAUAUCCUCCAGAACAAUAUCAAAACACCCAACAAUACCAACAACCAUCAUUCCAACGUCAACAGGAAAAUCAAGAAGCUCAGCAGUUCAUACCUCAACAACAAAAACAACCACCCCAGUACCAACAAGAAAACCAACAAAAUGCCGAAUUGUUGCAGCAAAAGGGUAGUGGUUUGCCACCUCCUCCACCUAAAGCAAGAAAGGUUCUUCACCGUGAACCCUCUCUUAGAAAUCAAGGCACUUCUUCUCCUAAGGAUGUACCAAGUUUAGUAUCCGUUCCUAGUAAUUCUACCGAUUCUAGAGCAAAUAGAAGAGACAUUCAUUCGCAAAUGUUCCACAAUUUACCUAAUGCAAGAGCCUCGGUUAUUCAACAACCUACAUUAGUAAGUCAGGAUACAGGCAAUUCUUUGUUGAGAAAUAGUGAUUAUUUUAAGCACUUUGAUUCCACGAGUUACGUUGAAUCCAAUGGAUUGAAUUCAUCAAUUGCCGAAGUCAUAAAUGUUAAUAUUAAGAACGACCAAUUGAUGAAAUCCCAAAUAAUAGGGGAAAUUGCGUUCAACUACAAAAAGCAGUUAAAUGAACAAAUUGAACCUAUUAUUAUUAGAAUUCCUAAUCAAUUUGAUAAGAUUAUCUUGAAUAACACAUAUAUUGAGAAAUUAAGUAACGAAGAAUUCAACAUUAACCCCGAAUUAAUAGUAUCCAAGACCUUAGGUGGUAUGAAAUAUUUGAAGAGCAUCACUUUUGAGGAAGUUCCUGUUUUAAUUCAACAAAUUUGGAAAUUUGAAAACCACCAAUCGUCAUUAAUGAUAAGUUUAAAAUUGAAUCCAAACUAUUCGAGUAACUUAGUUCUUAACAACUUGGUAAUAUCGGUGGCAUUAGACUCGUCGUGCGAAACUAUAAAUGCUUCUUCAAGGCCGCAAGGUUCCUUCAACAAGGAUAAGAACAGGAUCACUUGGAGAUACACCCAACCCUUAAAUUUAUCUACUAACAACUUGGAAGAGAAAUUGAUUGCUAGAUUUGCUACAAAUGGUGUAGGUUCGGAACACGAAUCUGGAAUACAGGUGAAGUUCUCUAUUCAUGAUCCGCCCCAUCAGUCAAAUAUCUUGAAUUACAGAAAUGAACCAAUCCCCUGUGUUAAAAAUUUAAUUACAGGUAGCUAUAGUAGCCAUAGCUAA